AAAUGUCAUCGGGUCGUGCAUGUGGAAAAUGAACUUUGUUCAUUUUUAUACGGCUUGACGAAAUCAUUCCGAAUCUGCAAUUCCUUGGAUGUGGUCAUUUACAUACAUACUUGGCUAUCGUAAUUAAUUAAGAAAAGCGAUAUAAUUUUAAGUUUAACGUAGUGCAUUUAUUAAAAUUUGUUAAUUUGUGUAGUAUAAGUUAAGUAUCUACAAGUGAUUUCAGAAAAAAAUUGCAUAGGAAAAAACGUACCCAAAUCUUAACCAGUCAAAAUGCCAGCCAUUGGUGAAAGUCCGUUUUUCCUCACAUUAUAUGCAACCAAAUCCACGCUUUUAAUUGAUAAGGAUGGAUCUUCUGAAUUAGGCGAAAGUCAAGAAGAUGAAAAAGAUGACGUUUCUUCACCUCCAUCUGAAGAUUUUUCAUCCGUUUCUGCAGAUAAGGUUAUUCGAGAUGGAGAAGAUGACGGUGAUGAUUUCAAUUUCCGGGUGCCAAAGUAUUUCCAAGCACUUUUGACGCUCUUUGUAUGCUUUGCUCUGCUGCUAUGCACACUCACCAUAAUCAGGCAGACGCGUCGAUUAUGUCAGAAAAGUGCCUGUACCAAGAAGGACCCCAUAAUCCGGGUGGAGUCGGACCAAGACAGAGGAGUUCGACCUCUUAAUGGACGCCAAAAUGAAAACGGGGCUGACCCCAACAGGGUCAAAGACGUCGAAAAUGGAACUGGUGGUGGUGGUGAAGCGGCUUCAGCUCCCACACGUACGAACGGUGGGGGCAAGAAUUUUGACCAUUAUCAUUACUCUCCGGCUGCUCCUGUCACCGAAACGAAGUCAGCACCACCCACGCCCUCCAAUAAAACUGACCACGAAAACGACAAGGACUUGCUCAAGUUGAAAAGGGUUCGUUUCGUGAGACGAGUUUCUGGUCCAUUUGCAGAUGAAGCGUUGGAUUUCGUUGGAGAGACGUACAAAAAGAAGGUUAAAGAAGUAGUACAACCCGAAAAUCUUGGCAAAGUGCAAGGACACAUUAGAACACAGCAAUCUGUUCGCAAACUAGGCAAAGCUUCAGCACAACCAGAAAUACCACAACCGUCAAAGUAAAAGAAAGUGAAAUCAAAUUAGGUACCUGAAUUGAGAUUGUGUACGCAGUUAAUUAUGAAAUUUACUUAAAAAGUGAAUAAAUUUUAUAUUAUGAGGAAAGUC